GGGGGCCGGGCCAGUCGAACGCCGGGUCGCGCCGACAGUUUGCCGUCGUUUUCGCCGCCCCCGUCAGUGCACGAUUUCGUAUAAAUAUAAUUUCGUCGUGUUCGUCUCGUGUGCGUAUCGCGUCUAAAAAAAAAAAAAAAUAAUUCCAAUACAAUAUACAUAAUAUUAUUAUUAUUUACAAUUUUUUUUUAAUAUUCGCGGGAUACACGUUGCAAAAAAAAAAUGAGUUAGGAUAAAUUUUUUUGGUUUUUCUUUUUUUUUUCUUAUUACAAAGUUUUUUUUCUUAUUUUGUGUAACCCUUGUAUAUUAUUCUUAUACUCUUAAAUCGGUUUCUUAAUUUAUUAUUAUUUUUUUUUUUUACUUGUGGUGUCUCUGUGUCUGUCCGUCCUUCCGUCACUGUUUUUUUUUUUUAUUUAUUUUAUUUACUGUCAUCUAAUUGUGUCGCUGACGAGUUGGGAUUUUUAUUUUAUCCAUUGGACGCCUUGAAAAGUGCGUGAGCAUAACACCUCCGUCGUCGCCUCCUUCUUCUUCUGCGUCCACUUCGUCUUCUACGCCGCCGCACAGCAAUCGAAGGCUAUGGUGGUGUUCGGGAUCUAAACGUUUGUCGUCGUGCUAUAAUCUAAAUCUACGUCGUCGUCGUCGUCGUCGUUUUAAAAAUCUGCCUGUCGCGCGUCUCGUUCAUCUCGGCUAAUCUUUUAUAUUGUCAGUGUCCGACUCGUGUGUGCAUCGCGAGUUUAGAGUUUCGUCAAAGACGUGUCUGUCCGCCGCCGCCACCGCGAGUCCGAGUCUCUCCCCGACACCCCCCGACGUCGCGCCCAUGCGACCCGAUUGGCCAGCGUCCCGGAACCCGGUCGAGAUGUUACACACGCUGAACGCGUUGGCCGCCAAACUGUCGCCCACGCAGGUCCAGAACGUCGACGGCAACGCCAACAGGAUCGCCGCCGCCGCCGCCGCCGCUGCAGCCGCCACAGCUCUGACCACUUUGAACGGCAACAGUGAUAUAGAAAUGUCUAUCCCAACCCCAUGUGCGUCCACAGCCGAUGGCAGCAACGACGGCGAACAACCGGAAACCGACUACAUAAAAAUGUUCGUGGGCCAGAUACCUAGGGCGAUGAACGAACAGGACCUGAUGGACAUGUUCGGCGAGUUUGGCCGAGUGUACCAGUUGAACUUGCUCAGGGAUAAGUUCUCCGGGGUCAGCAAAGGAUGUUGUUUCGUAACGUAUUAUACGAGAAAAGCCGCUCUCGACGCUCAAAAUGCUCUACACAAUAUCAAGACGCUGCCAGGGAUGCACCACCCGAUACAAAUGAAGCCCGCUGACAGUGAAAAUCGAAGUGAAAGAAAACUGUUCAUCGGAAUGCUGUCGAAAAAAAUAUCCGAACCCGACAUCAGGCUGAUGUUCGAACCUUUCGGAGCCAUCGAAGAGUGUUCGGUGCUCCGGGACCCAAAUGGCGUUAGCAAAGGUUGUGCGUUCGUCACGUACACGACCAAACAGAACGCCAUCGCGGCCAUCAAGGGUAUGCAUCACUCGCAGACCAUGGAGGGUUGCACGUGUCCGCUGGUGGUGAAAUUCGCCGACACUCAAAAGGAAAAGGACCAGAAACGCAUGCAGCAGAUGCAAGCGAAUCUGUGGGGCCUGGCAGCGACCGGAGGCAACAGCGUGCCCACCGCCCAAUACUUGGCCCUCGGCGUGCUGGCCAAUCAGCAGAUGAACAAUGACACGAAUUCGCUGUCGUCGCAAGUGCUCCAGCAGAUCCAGCUGAACGCCGCAGCCGCCGCCGUGGCGGCUAACAACAACAACAACCACCACCAGCUGAACAAUCUGCUUUUGACCAGCAACACAGGUGCGCUCAAAUCCCCGUAUCAUGUCCAGACGUCCCAUUACCAUCCCACACAUGUAGAUACCGUGUCACCUCGGCGUUUAGAUUACACCGAUCCUUUCUAUACAGGCUACCAGAAUUUGUCAGCGUCGCCGCCGAGCCUGGGAGACUUGAACCCUGGAAACUUGCAGAACUUGUCGACGCUCGCCAAUUUGUCCGUCGGAAACCCUAUAGUCAACUCUGUGAACAUGCAGAAUCUAGUCACGUUGGCAGCGAUGGGAGCAAAUUCCGUCUCGCCUACAGGGUCCAGUUCGUCUAGUCUAAGUAGUUCAGCUCUGUCGAGUUUGUCGCCUACGUCUGCAGCCGCUGCAGUUUUAUUUGGGAAAAAUUCUGGUCUUCUGGCGGGCACCAACGGCACGAAUGGUGGCACAUACGGUUCGUCGCUGAACGCACUCGGUCUCACGCUGGCCGACCUCAACUCCAACCAGUUCGCCAUGCCGCAAUCGCCACCGGCCAGUUCGCCGCUGUACUUUUUGAACAACAACAAUAACAACAACAACAGUCCGACAAAAGUGUCCAGCAAGCAGCUUGAAGGUCCGGAAGGUGCCAAUCUGUUUAUAUACCAUCUCCCCCAGGAUUUCGCUGAUUCUGAUCUCGUGACCAUGUUUUUACCAUUUGGUAACGUUAUAUCGGCAAAGGUUUACAUUGAUAAAGAGACCAAACUGUCCAAGUGUUUCGGGUUCGUGUCGUACGACAACGCGUACAGCGCGCAGGCGGCCAUACAGACGAUGAACUCGUACCAGGUGGGCAACAAGAGGCUGAAAGUGCAGCUCAAGAGACCCAAAGAGGCGUCCAGGCCGUACUAACGACGGCGCCAACCACCGACCGACCAACAACUAAGACCGAUCGCGCCGCGUCGUUUUUGUUGAAGAAGACAUGAAAAUUUCUAAUAAUAAAAUUUGUUAUGUGUGUACAUAAUAAUACUUGGUUUCUUUUACUUUUGUUUCGUUUUUUGUUUUUGUUUUCGUUUAUUAUUAUUAUUAUUUUUUUUAUAUAUAUCUAUAUAAUAUAUAAAUAAUAUGUAAUUCUACAUGACACAGAAUGGUAGGGAUAUUUUUAACGCAGCUUUUGAGGUAAAACAAUUCGAAAAAGAAAGAUGUAAAGAACUAUAUACUGAAUUACGAAAAAUCGAAGUAUAACUUAAUGACAUAGGUACUGGCAUUCUCAUUUGAACUAUUUAAUGUAUAUGUAUAUAUGUCUUUAAUAUGUAUAAGGGAAUAUGCCAGACUAUUAAUAUUGUUUUGUUUCCGUGUUUUUCUUUUUCAUAAUUUCUUUUUUUGUUUUGUUCUAAUGUUUUUAUUUCUUAACAAAAGGACCAAUUUUUCGUUAUUAUUUAUUAUUCUUUGGGACGCCGUUUCGACUCGUCUGUCUCUAUGUAUGUAUGGUUUUACACUUAACACUGAACAGUAGUCUUAAAUUAAUUAAUUUUUGAUCGUUAAAUGACAUCUCUAGACUGCUCUUUUAUUAUUAAUGUGUAAUGUUUUCUUUAUCGUUUUCGAACUAAUCGUGUAUACCCUUGAAAUUAUUUGUUCGGCAAUCAGGGUAUUAAGAGUGUAUACCCCUAAAGAAAUAUAAUUUAUUUGAUAAAUAAUGAUAAUAAUGUACUAAAAUAACGUUUGAAUUACGCCCCGUAAUGGUUCCUGUAGUUUAAUAAAAAAAAAAAAACAAAAAAAUUACAUGUUUAGCGUACAUUUUUGUAAAAAUAAGUGGUCAAAAUAGUAUACUCAUAAUUAUGUAAUAACUACCUAAUAAUAAUGUUUGUUUUGUUUUUUCUUUUUAAUUGCAACGACUUAUAAAAUUAAAUUUUGUUCAGUAUUAAUUUUAAUUUAUUGUUUUUGCAUGUGUUAAUAAUUUUAUAGACUUUUUCCAAUUGAUGCCAUUUUCAAUAACUACAAAGACUUACAUUUUUGUUUAGGUGAUAUUAUUAUGUUCUUUGUGCUUAAAAAAAAAAAAACACUAAAAAAAAUCACGUGUUAUGAUUAUGAAAAUUUGUCUUUUUUUGUCUUGUGUCCCGUUUGCAUUUAUAUUAUAUAAAGUAAUAAUAUUGUUGAAUAAAUGUUUAUAAUGAUAUCAAUCAUCACGAUCGUUGACAGGCAUUAUUGUGAUAAGGAUAGCCUAAUUUUGUUUUGUUUUAUUAUUAUUAAAAUGUUUUUUUUUUCCAUUAAUUAAAAGCAUCGAAACUUAAUAUUAUAUUAUAUAUUUAUUUAUAUACAUAUAUAUUAUAGCACUGCUACUCGUAAGCUAGUAACUUAGUCAAAAUGUAUUGAAUAUUUUUUAAAACUAGUGUUUUGGUGCUAAAGCGAUUUUUAACAUGUUUUUGUUUAUUUUUUUUUGCAUUAGGCCAUAUUAUGUUAUGUAAUAUUAGGUUAAGGUAUCUAGCCCAAGUGAAAUGGUUUGUUUGUUUGUUUGUUUUUUUUUUUUUUUUUAAUUUUGUU